CCUCAACCACUUCUUCACAAACUACCGCCAGCACCGCCACAAUGCCCGCAAGCACGCGAUCGAGCAAUAAGGACGCGAAUUUCAAGGUUUACUACUCGAAAAAGGUCCCGAAGCAGAAGUAUUUUCCGCAUAGGAAGAAGACGGUGCGCAGGCCGAGCGCUGAGCAGGACGAGCCGCAAAAGAAGCAGAUGAAGUUUCUGCCUGAGAAGAUGCGGAGAAGUGCAGCUGUGAGGGACUCAGACGAGGAAGAGACAGAUACGGAGAUGAAAGUCGAGGAAGACUUGGAGGACGGAGGAGUUGCUAUUCCGCCUGAACUAGAGCAGAAAGGCAAGCGGACGCCAAAGACGGCGGCGAGGAGGGGAAAGAAGCGGAGCAGCGAUAUGAUGCAAGAGGACUCGGAGGAAGACGACGAGCCUGUUCGACCGACACCGAAGCGCAGAAGAGAAUCCGCUACGACGAAGAAGCGGCGACCUCCGGUGGCAGCAGAACCCGAGUCCGAAGACGAACAAACUGCGUCACCUUCUGAAUCCGAACGAGAGCAAGAUACAAAGCAUAGACUGAGGAGACAGUCUACAAUGACUCAGAUCGUCGGUGGACGAAGGCCUGAACCCGGCUCGAAAGAGCCCCAGUUCAAGCCGGCUAAGAGAAGUCCUCGGACGAGUUGGGGCGGAAAAGGGAGCAGGAAUAAGGGCAAAGACAAACAACAGCGGACGCUCACACAGAUGGUGCCAGGCUUGAUACCACUAGGCAUCGUAUCGGAUGACGAUGCUGAGGAGCUAGGAGAUCCAGACACUGAAGAUGAGGACAACCAAGCAUACAAUGAUGCUAUCGUUAGACGGCUCGCGGAGCAAGGCCUCUUCCAGCCCGGGGAAGGCGAGGGAACAAAUGCGGAAGACUUAUCACAUCUGGUCCAUCUUGGACUCAUACCCAUUGAAGAUGAGGAGGCCAUCGUACAGCACUUGGCCGAGCAUGCGAUACACUCGCCACUAGCAGAUGAGGAUCAUUACGCGGCCACUGGACAUUUCGCAUAUGCUGGGUAUGGCGACGAUAAAGACGGUGACGAGAACGCCAACCACCAGAUGCAAAAUGUCGCCGUACCAACCACAAAGAAGACACGCGCAUCACGGCGCGUGUCUAGUCAGCAGAAACCCGAGCUACCCGCGACCGACGGCGCUGAAUUUGUGGGCCGCAAGCAUGCCAAGUCAAGAUUUGGACUUCUAUCAACUCCUGAAAAACGUCGGAUCUUUGAGAUAGCAUCAUCGCAGUCGCCACCCGAGUCGCCGCUAUCAACUCAGAAUACUCCCCAGAGGCCGGAUCGUGCACCCCUACAAGAGAGAUCAGGAAAUGCGACGAAGGUCACAGGGAUUCCUUCGAAACGUAAACAGGUCACUUUCCAGGAGCCUCACAACGAACAAAAGUCUCCGCCAUCCUUGCGAAAGUUCGCAAGCGUGAUUCGGGACUCCGAAGAUGAAGAGGAAGAUAUCCUAGACGACGAGCAUCCAGACCCAGGACAGGACGUUGGUCGAGAAACACAGGUAUUGAUACGCGGAAUGGAUAACCCCAUGGUCGGCGCUAGCAUAGGCGAAGAGACUCAAGCAAUGCUCCAUUCAAUAGACCAAGCUUGUGCGAAUGCGGAGCAGGACACAGCAUGGACCAAUCGAGAUUCAUCGGAAGAGCUUGGUGAGCCAGGCAUAGAACGAACUGAGGAAUCGCUGGAGCUUGGAGACCAGCAAAUCCCCCAAGAGGUGGGCAUUGAGGCGAAUGGACUAGAGCCUCAGUCUCCACAAUACCAUUCGGCGCAUCCGAGUAUGACACAGGAGCCGUCGAACGAGGUCGACGUGACAGCUCUUCUUAUUCACUCUUCGCCCCCGUCUAGUCAGAAGCCGCAACCGUCGCGCUCUAUAGGCACAGACCGCGAAUCUGCAACCGCGACCUCACGCCCGUCACCUAUCGAACACCCGAACUCGACACCACCUCAAGACUACAUGGAACCGGAAGAUGAGGACUCCGAUGAGCCUAUGUUUAUAGGCGAUGACUCGUCUGACGACGAAGAAGAGCCAGUACCCACUCCACCUCAACAAUCCAUCGCUUCCCUACGCCGCGACUCGGAAGCUGAUCAAGAGCGCCCAAGUGACCAGGAGCAAGCCGUCCAGGUUCCACGCUCGCCUUCCGCAAACCCAGAAACACAGCAGUCCCAUUCUAGCAAAGCGGAACAACAACUCCAAGCAGAGUACCAGACAUACUCGCAAUACCGCUGUGGUCCACUACCCUCAAGCAUGCACGUCGCCCCCGAGACCGGUUUCAGCUACCAAGCAACGCCAUUCCCUCCCCGCGCGCCCACCCAGCUUCAACACUCAGGCCACUUGAGCCAAGCUACAACCGUGGAUCCUACACAACCCUCGCCCAAAACCACGCCCAGCAAAUCUCGCUCGCAGCCGAUCGUCAGCGCAAACACGACACCCCAUAAGAUCCCAAAUUCACAGCCGUUUGUCUCACCGCAUCGUCCACCUCCCCUUUUCAUUCCCUCAAGCUUCCCCAGCCCGAGCAAAGCCGGUGUGGGUGAAUGGAGUAGUCCCGUGCUUGGAAGGAAGGAUAAUGGAUAUAGCCAGUUUGGGGGGAGCGCUAAUAUGGAGGAUUUUAGUAUUCCGGCCCCGCCGCCUGUGGAGGUUGAUGACGAUGAGCUUUAGAUUGGAUAGUCUGUGGUCGCGAAUGAAACGUCC